CGCGCGCGCGCGCGCUCUCAAACCCUAAACCCUAAAUCAAGCUCAAUCACUAGGGUUACUUUGAACAAAGCUCGAAGCAAUGGCUCUAGGGUUUUCUUUCCGUGUUGCAGGAUCCGGGCUCGAAAAUGGGAGGAGGAGAAAGGUAGAGUGCGCUGUGGCUAGGGUCUAUCAGCGGCGGAGGCGGAGGAGGUGGAGGAGGAGGAGGAGGAGGAGGAGAGGAGGGAGAUCGGUGAGCGAUGGGAACUAGGGUUCCGGUGCAGCACUACGCCAUGAGAGCCGCUAAUUCGUUCAUCAGUGGCUCCUUGCACGAUCUCAACACCGUGGAUGGUCGGCAGAGUGAGAUCGACGGGAUCAGUGAUGUGGAUCGCGAAGCCGACAACGAGGAUGAGUCAAAUUCCGUGGAUUGCAUGAACGAAUCAUAUAGGCAUUCAUUGUCUCUUCAUGCUGUCGGAGUAGAUGAAGAACGUUCCGCCCUCGAGAACAGCAGUAGAUCGUCUACUCCGCCUUAUAACAUUCUGACGGCAGAAGAUAUUUUACCAAUUGAAACAGCUAGGGCAAGGUUCUUGGAAAUUAUUGUUGAUCAUUUCAUCUGCGAGCAUGUAAUUGAGGUGGCAGAAUCUUCUGGCGUAGAAUAUGGCCAGGGGCACGACAAACUAAACAAAAGAAAGCCUAGAGAAGUCCGCUGUGAAGGUGACCCACGGUUUGCUUUGCCGUUGAUGUACAUAGCUAACUUAUAUGAAAUGCUAGUCAAUGACGUGAAUGCGCGUCUCACUUCCUUGGAUGGAAUCCGCGAGAAGACGAUAGGGGUAGCUCUUGAAGCUGCUGGUGGUUUGUACAGAAAAUUAGCAAAAAAAUUCCCUAGGAAAGGUCCUUGUAGCUUUAAGCGGAGGGAACUGGCAACUUCUCAUGCAACAAGGACAAGAUUUCCUGAGCUUGUAGUACAAGAAGAGAAGCGAGUACGUUUUGUAGUACUCAAUGGUUUGACGAUUGUUGAGAGUCCAGGAAGUAUGACCAUGGAGGAUGCAGAGUGGUUUAAACGUUUGACUGGUCGCACUGAUGUCGCUGUCUCUGCAAGAGAUUAUAAAUUUUAUUCCCCUCGUCAUAAGUAUAGGCGUACUGCAUCUCAAGCUGUAUUUAACAUCCCUGGACCGACUACAUUCUCAGGGAGUGAUAGUUCUCCAUUGGUUAAUGCUACAGGAUUCCGUCCGUUAAAUGAGCCACAAAAUCAGCAAGAGGCUCCUUCAAAGCAGCAUAUGCAGCAACUACCGAACCAACCUCAGUUUCAGCCUUUCCAACAAGCUCAUCAUCAGAUAGUCCAGCAAAGCCAACACGCUGCACACAUUUCACACCUGACUCAGUGCACUCAUAGUUCACAUGUAACGGAUAUUACUCAACAGCAUCAAUCGCCCAAUAUGUCUCAACAUCUGGCUUGCUUGCAGUCAAUGUCUGCAGGUCAUCUCGGAGGACGCUUAAAUCUGUUGCCGAGUUCUCCGGCGAAAUUCUGCGAUGAAUGCGGUGCCCCCUAUCUGAGAGAGACUUCUAAAUUUUGCUCCGAGUGUGGCACCAAAAGGUUGGGUAUUUAAAUAUUUAACUUCUCCCUAUCUAUUUUACCGCGUGCUUGAGAAAUAUGUGUGAAUUUGCUUCUUCAGAUAUUCGUUCUAGUGGCAUCUACGUUGUGUAUAUAUUUUCUAACUUAGGAUCAUAUGAAAAUGUUUGCAUGUAUCAUUUUUAUCUGUCUACGAAGCUAUUGUUGAUAGUAAAUAGGAGAGCAUAAGGAAAAACAAAAGAAGGGAAAAACAAGUGUUGGGAGUUUUAAUUUAUUAAUUUCAACAAUAAUUUUAUGUAAUCUAUAACAUAGUUUCCAUUUUUUUUUU